AUGAUAUUAAAUUUAUUUUCUAUUUUUGACCCUCAAGUUUUAUGAAUUUCAAUUAAUUGAGUAUCUAGUUUAUUAAUUAUUUUAUUAAUUCCACAAAUUUAUUGAAUUUAUAAUUCUCGAUUUAGGUACAUAUUUAUGUUAUUUAUAUAUAUAUUGUGGUUAGAAUUUAAAGUUAUUUUGAAAGUUAAAUUUAAUUUAAAUAAUUUAAUUUAUGUAAAUUUGUUAUUUUUUUUUAUUUUAAUUAAUAAUUUUAUAGGGUUAUUUCCUUAUAUUUUUACUAGAUCGAGACAUUUAGUUUAUUCAGUAAUUUUUUCAUUAUCUAUAUGAUUUGGGGUUAUAUUAUUUGGUUGAUUUAAAAAUACAAAAUUUAUAUUAAUUCAUUUAGUUCCUCAAGGUACUCCAUUUUUAUUAAUAUUUUUUAUAGUAUUUAUUGAAUUAUUAAGAAGAAUUAUUCGUCCUUUAACUUUAUCUGUUCGUUUAGCGGCUAAUAUAAUUGCUGGUCAUUUAUUGUUAGUUUUAUUAAGAAGAUUUGUACCUAGUAGAUUUAUAAUAUAUUUAAUAGUUUUAUUUGUUCAAAUAUUAUUAUUAUUAUUAGAAACUGGAGUUUCAAUUAUUCAAUCUUAUGUUUUUGUUAUUUUAAUAAUUUUAUAUUUAAAAGAAACUAAUUAAUUAAUGAAUAAAUUUUUUCAUCCGUAUCAUUUAGUUACUGAGAGUCCUUGACCUUUAAUAGGUUCUUUAUCUUUAAUAAUUUUUAUAAUUGGUGUUGUAAAAUGAUUUAAUGAAUUUAAUAAUAAUUUAUUAUUAAUUGGUAGUUUAAGAUUAUUAUUUAUUUUAAUUCAAUGGUGACGUGAUGUAAUUCGUGAAAGAACUUUACAAGGUAAUCAUACUUUAAAGGUUUUAAAAAGAAUUCAAAUUGGUAUAAUUUUGUUUAUUUUAUCUGAAGUUAUAUUUUUUACAUCUUUUUUUUGGAGAUAUUUUCAUAUAUUUUUAUCUCCUAGUAUUGAAUUAGGUAAUAAUUGACCUCCUAAAGAAAUUUUAGUUUUUAAUCCUUAUAAUAUUCCUUUAUUAAAUACUUUAAUUUUAUUAAGGUCUGGGGCAAGAAUUACUUGAUGUCAUAAUUUAAUUUAUCAAGGGUUUGAUUGAAAAGGGUGUCAAGAAUCAAUUAAUUUGACUAUUUUAUUAGGGGGGUUAUUUAUUAUAUUUCAAUAUAAAGAAUAUUCUGAAUCAUUUUUUUCUAUUUCUGAUUCAAUCUAUGGUUCUGUUUUUUUUAUAAUAACUGGUUUUCAUGGGUUACAUGUAAUUAUUGGUGUUUUAUUUAUUAUUAUUUCUAUAAAUCGAUUAUUAAAUUUUCAUUAUUCAAAUUUUCAUCAUUUUGGGUUUGAGGCGGCUUCUUGAUAUUGACAUUUUGUAGAUUUAGUAUGAUUAUUUUUAUAUUUAUUUAUUUAUUGAUUAUCAUUUUAAUA